AUGCCUUCAAUCUUAAGCUUUCAUGUCUUGCAGGAAACAUUUAAAAUCCAAACCCAACAAGCUUUUUUGGAUGUUUAUCUUCCUGAUGGAAGGUAUCUCAGGAUUGAUGUUCAGACAUCAGAUACUGCUGAAAGAGUGCUAGAGGUGAUAUCAUACAAAAUUGAACUUUCUAGGGAGCUAAUACGAUACUUCGGCUUAUUUCUUAUUCAAGAUCACAACAAUGGACAAAUAUCUGUGUUGAAAAAACUAGCAGAAUUUGAACUUCCUUAUGUGAGUCUCCGGAGUGCAAAAGAAUCGGCUUGUAAGAUUGGGAUCAGAAAAUGGUAUAUGGAUCCUUCUCUAGAUAAAGUGUUGAUGGACUGUAGAACUUCGGUGAACUUACUUUAUAUGCAGGUUGUACAGGAGCUAGAGAUGAGUUGGGUCAAACCUACUGAGGAACAGAGGCAGAAGCUUCUAAUGCUGCAAAAAGCACCAAAUAAAUUGAAGUUUUUAGAGCUGGUUCGAGAGAGCCAGCAUUAUGGAUAUAUACAACUUGUUCCUUGCUCCUGUGACUACCCUGAACUUGGUUGUACUGCUACUAUUCAUGUGGGAAAUAAUGAGAUUAGCUGCUGCAUAAAGUUGCCUAGCAAUCAGAUCAAAGAGAUCAAUUUCAAAAUCAACAGGAUAAGGUGCUGGCAAGUCACAUUUCUUGGAUCCGUUUUAGGCCAUGGACUUGAUCAAUUCUUGGAACUCAGAAUCGAGUACAAUGAAUCCGAUAAGUGGAAAUGGAUUGUCUUCAAUACAAAGCAGGCAUUUCUUCUGAGCAGUUGCUUAAAAAAGAUUAUAUCAGAGCAGCUGAUGACAACAACCAAGAAUGAUCAAGAGAUGCAGAUUGAGCAUCCAGAAUUAGACACAGCUAAGAAAGUAAGCAUCCGUCCAAGUCAGAUAUUUCAUUCUGGUUUUAAGUCAAGAAAAUGGCUACACAGGAGUAGAUCAAAUGAAGAUGACUGUGUAUUUGAGAAGAUAAGCGAAGAAGAUUUGUGAAUCGACACUGAUACAGAGAAUAUUCAUUCUUGCUGGUUUUGAAAUAUCACUUAGCCAGGAUCCUUACUGGCAAGUUGCAUCAUUUAGGGCCCCAGACAUUACAGAGAGUCCUUGACU